AUCGGUUUGGUUCGUGAAACCUAGUCGGAGGUCGAUGCAGAGGACUGACCUCUAGCAGGUGGGGUGUAAGCACAGGACACUCAGUGGCUUCGAUAUUCUGACGUCGAUGGCUCGAUCGGGCGCUGUAACCAUUGGAAAGUUGGGAUAGAUGCUUCCAUACUCGAUUCUUCCCAGCUUGAAACUUGAGGUACCUGUGUACAUCACUGGAAUAUUGCUGUUCCCGCUGUUGCCAUUAGUGAUGGCGUUUUCCUUGAUCCAGGGUUUAACAAAUUUUUUAAAUGUGGGUUUUCACAGGCUCCCUUCAACGAAAACUGACAAGCGCGUUAAACGCGCAUCGUAACGAUGCCGGCAAUAAUAUUUUUGAGACGUUCCUGGUCUUUUGCUUCGGACGACUUCGUGUUUUCCGCUACUUUUGACAUUCUGUCGCGAGUCAUUUGGUACGUUUCCUUUUCGGGCCCUGCUUACCUUUGUGCGACAAUAGUAUGCUCAUCAUGGGGCUUCCUUUUGUCAUCUUAUCCGCAUAUAAUACGUGCCUCUCAUCCACUGUUGCUGCCGUAAGUGUCUUCUCGUUUCUAUACAGUUUUGUUAAGGUGUUCUUUGGGAUUUUGUUCGGAUCGCAGGUCGUGAUGGUAAUCCUCGACAUUAUUCUGUCGGCUCUUAGCGGUCGAGGUGGACCCAUGGAAGUCUCGAGACGUAAACAUGUCCCGCAUGUGCUUUCUGCUAUAUUCCUUAUAUCCUUUGUCGAAGUGGCUGUGCAUUGUGUCAGUAUAUAUACUGCAACAAUAUAUGGGCAAUCCUGCCCUCCUCCUGUACCUAUCGCGUUUAUAGUGGGAAAUGCACUUCGGAUAGCUCACGUUCUUCUGUGCUAUAUCUGGCUGAUUGCGCACUUCAGAGAAAGCGGGACAUUUUGGAGUCAGAUAGUUUACGAGAACCAGCCCAUGCAGAAAGGCUUUAUCCCACACAACGCGAACGUAGCCACAAAACAACAAGCUCACGAAAUGCUAAGUCGUUCUAUCCGUAGGCGUUUAAGACGUCUGGGUGCACUCGGUAGACCACGUUGUGGAAAUGAAGACCGCCAGGAGAAUGAGGAGCAAUUAGCCAUCAGUUCAGCAGCUGCCCUGUUCUCAGAAUUUUUCUACGAUGUCAAUCUAGUACCGAGCGAUAUAAUUGCGGGUUUACUACUCUUACGAUGGCAGACCACUCAGUGGGUCGGUUCCGGUCAUCGAGUUCCUUUAAGUGUUAUCGAACAGGACACGAAACCUUGCACAUUCCCACCAGUUGCUGCUGGUCUUGGAACCAAACAGCUUGCGGUAACAUCACAACUCGGCGACGUGGUAUCACAAUACUCACUCUCCACUCCUGUGUGGCUCAGUAUUCUGCGACUUCAACGAAUUUCGCAGAUUGGGAUUAGCAUAUACGGCCACUUGUUCUACUGCCUCGAGUCAAAAGGCACACCAGCUGCUCUCUGUCGUCUUUGCCGCCACCUAUCUUGCGCAUCUUGUGAACACAAAUCCGGACCAGAUGGACCGACCAAAGUAGGAUGUUGUCUAUGUUUGGGGCACAACUGCGAUCUCGCCGCCGUGGUUGAAAUGAGUGGCCUUCCUCUGGACAACUUUAUCACAAUUAGUUUUGAAAAUACCGUCUAUCUUUCUCCGUACUUUGUGGCUGUGGAUGACAUUUCCCGUUGUAUUGUGAUAGCCGUUCGUGGCACAUUGUCUUUCGAGGACGCAAUUGUCGAUCUUCUUUGUGAUGGGGUGCGUCUUGAAGAGAUAGAGAAUGUAGUGGAAGAACAGGUAGGCAAACGACCAACCUUCAUUGGACACAGAGGAAUGGUUGGAAGUGCGCGGAGACUUUUUCACUGUUUGUUACAGGAGAAGUCAAUAGAGAUAGCAAAGGCCAAACGUCCCGAUUAUUCAUUGGUUGUAUGCGGUCACAGUCUUGGAGCUGGCAUCGCCUCCUUUUUGACGCUUCUUCUACGUCCAAUGUAUCCCGAAAUAAAGGGCUACGCUCUCAGUGCACCACUUGGAAUGAUGAACUCGGAGCUCGCAAACUAUGCAAAACCAUUUUUGAUUUCCAUCAUUUACGGAUUCGAUGCGUUCGCUCGGAUGAAUCGUGCCACCGUACUGGACUUCAAGUGGCGCUUGAUCGACGCACUUUCUGUAUGUGAUGUGCCAAAACAUCGAAUCCUUAGCCGAGGGUUUGAACUUUGCGUCAGUCGCUGUUGUCACAAGGGUUGUAGGGCUUGCUGUUGCUGUCCGAUUCGUCGUCCUGUGACGGUCGGUGAUGACACUCGACUUCUCAGUACAACCGUGCGAAAUCGCCUUAUACAUCCUAACCCGGAUCUACCCUUAUCACCGACAGAAUCACUAAUCCUACAAUCAGGGACGGGCGAUACUACAGAAGACUCAAUAGAUAGGGCCCGAUGGCCGAGUCGUUUACGAACGGGCAACCGGUCUCUUCUACGUUGGAUGGAUCCAGAAAUCACUCGGCUGUUUUGUACGAGUACUUCAGUCAGCGACUAUGAGCAAACCAUGGUUGAUUCCAACAGUGAUCGUCCUGUGCAAUCGAACUCACAGCCACAACAACCAUCCAACAAGGUGCCUCAGUCGUAUGAUCUACGGGAUGGCGUGUGCGGUGGCCUGGUCUUACACGUGGUUGAUGUGGCGAUUGAGAACUGUCCCACUCAUUCCGUUGACUCCGGAUCCGAUCAUUUCGUGCACUCACCGAUAUAUGGGACGGAACGACAGGUGCUGUCACCUAGGAUGGUGAACGAGGAUGAAUGUUGCUGCUCUUCGAAAUUGAAAUGUGAAGCGACGGUUGGUGUUUGGACCAACUGCGCGCAAUUCCUCACAUUCCUCAUUCAUCCGAGGAUGUUUGUGGACCAUAUGCCAAACAACUUUGUCAAAGCAGUCAAUCGUUUGUAUACGACAGCCGUAGGAGAUCCGGUACUCGGUCAUCCUAAUUUGAAGCCCGCUGAUGUCUUCCGUGAAUUUCGCUGACAUGCAACUGCGAUGAACCGUGUUAGCUCGAUUGCCGUUUUUCUUAGUUUAUAUUCGGCCGUUUUGGAUAUUUUAGCGAGACAAAGUUGGUCUACGGAUAUUUUUACAGUUCAAUUUUUUUUAUGCCCAUUCAACAUUUUACACUGAAACAUUCCACUAGCGUCUCAAAUUGAAUACCCGUCCCGCAGUAUUCUUCUGUGAUGUUUCUCACAAUCGUUAUGUUAUACUCCCAAACCCAACAUAUCAGUGAGUUUUAACUGUGUAAUUUAUUCACUGCAUGAUACAAAAUCCCCCUGAUCAGACUUAUUAGUGAAUCUGUGUAACUUCAAGGUUGAUAUGCCUUCGAUCUCAGCCGAUUUAGUAUCCGGGUAAAC